UGGCCACGAAAUCCAGCGGGGGCGUGGCAGCACUCCGAGCGGUUACAACUACUGCUCUCCGAUGUCGUCCACUCGCAGCAGUCUAUGAACUGUCCACAACUACCUCGUCAGGGACGGCUCCCUCCAUGUCUGCAACACCAUACAGACACGCAGAGGGAUGUAUUGGUUCCUGCUGUUGAUGGCAGUGACCUGAUUGCAAGUUCAAAGACGGGAGCUGGAGAAGGCAGUCUUGGUUGGCCUAUCAAUUUGUGGAUAAAGAGGAAUUUCAGAGGUUACAGGAUCUCAAAACAGCUUGGUGAAUGGUCCAUGAUACGCCCUGACCUCGUUGGUCUCGGAGCAACCUGGACUCAAAAACCGCUUCUUUUUUUUAGAAGCCGAAGUAGGACAACCCUGCUGCUGAAGACUAAUGCCUUCAGCUACUUCUGGUUGUCGUCUGCCUAAGAUCAUGCUUCUUCUAAGAGAUGAGUGGCUCCUUUUCCAUCAGGAUUUUGCUUGUAUUUUGGGUUAAGAUCCAAAGACAUUUCCACCUCCAGUGAAACUAUGCAUGAAAUGGUCGAGGCCAUGUGUGGCACAGAAAGGAGACGAGCCAUAUAUAUGUCGUGCAGCAGCGGCACCACCUACCCUCAUGCAGCAGCUUUUCAUCGGCAACAAGCAAGACACCCCACUCAGGGCAUUUGACUUGGGCUUCUCCAUGCAUGGUGUGACCAGGU